AUGGCAAGGAACCCAGUUCAUCACCAGAAAACAAGGCAUAUCAGUUGGAAAUUUCAUUUCAUAAGGGAAGCCAUUCAAGCAAAAGAAAUUGAGCUAAUCUACUGCAAGACAGAAGAUCAAAUAGCAGACAUUUUCACCAAGGCUCUGCCUAAGGAUCGUUUUGUUAGUUUAAGAAGACUACUUGGUGUGAAAUCAGCUAAAGGAUUAGAAGGGAGUAUUGAAAUGUAA